AUGCGACAUCUGAUACCAACGACUAAAGAGGUGGAUUCGAGGAAGGUAGCGAUGUUGUAUAUCGAUAAUGUGUGGAAUCUACAUAGGCUACCUGACACUGUCGUGUCCGAUAGAGGAACACAAUUCGUUGCGGAAUUUUGGAAAUCACUUUGCAAACGCCUGGAAAUAGCCCCACGAUUCUCCACCACCUUUCAUCCUCAGACCGAUGGACAAACCGAAAGGAUCAAUGCCGUAAUGGAACAGUAUCUUCGAAGUUAUGUCUCUUAUCAGCAAGACGAUUGGGUCCGGCUAUUAGCAAUGGCCGAGUUUGCAACAAAUAAUCAUGUUUCGGAAACAACAAGAGUCUCUCCCUUCUAUGCCAAUUCGGGAAGAUAUCCAAGAAUGACUUUUGGCCCCUUGGAACAUGGUAGGACGACGGUGGAAGAUCAGGCCAACAGCAUCGCAAAAGAGAUGAAGGACAUGGUGGAGUUUCUGAAGAGCGAAAUGUUUCGGUCACAAAGAAUACAAGAGGAGUCGGCUAACCUAAAUCGUUCUCCUGCCCCUCGUUAUCAUAUAGGAGAUAAAGUAUUCUUGUCGACCCGUCAUGUUCUAACAAGGCGACCCUCCAAGAAGUUUGAUUGGAAACGGAUUGGUCCUUAUAGCAUCAAACGAAUCGUCAACCCCUAUGCUUAUGAGCUAGAACUUCCCCGCUCCAUGAAGAUCCAUCCAGUAUUCCACGUUUCAUUGUUGUCACCUGAAGUGGGUAACCCAUUACCUGGACAACAACAGUCACCACCACCUCCGGUUGAGAUCGAAGGAGAGGAAGAAUGGGAAGUCGAGGAUAUUGUGGACUCUAGGAAACGAAAGGGUGGCUUUGAGUAUCUGGUAUGA